CAACUACUCUCCUCUUAAAGACUAUUUUCCUUUUAUUCACAUUUCUACAAAUAUAAAAAAAAAUUGGAAAAAAAUAAAAAUGGAGUCCACCAUAUCUUCAUCUUCAUCUCGCUCGGUCUCGCCUUCGUCUUCGUCUUCUCCUAACUCUUCAUCACCACCGUCAGUGACAGUGGUGGUCAGCCCUUGCGCCGCCUGUAAAAUAUUACGGCGGCGCUGUGCUGACAAAUGUGUGUUGGCACCUUAUUUUCCUCCAAAUGAUCCUAUCAAGUUCACAACUGCUCAUCGUGUGUUUGGUGCUAGCAAUAUUAUUAAGUUCUUGCAGGAAUUACCAGAAUUUCAAAGGGCAGAUGCUGUAAGCAGCAUGGUGUAUGAAGCAAAUGCAAGACUUAGGGAUCCUGUAUAUGGUUGUGCAGGGUCAAUUUGCCAAUUACAAAAGCAAGUGAGUGAUCUCCAAGCACAAUUGGCAAAGGCACAAGCUGAAGUUGUCAACAUGCAAUGCCAACAAGCUAAUCUCAUGGCACUAAUUUGUAUGGAAAUGGGCCAAUCUCCACAAGCAAUAUCACCACCACAACAAUCUUUGGACAAUUUCACUAACAAUAUCUCUAUGAGUUUCUUAGAUGAUAACAUUAAUAACUUUGGAUCAGUGUGGGAGACCUUAUGGACAUGAUGAUUAAAGGGGCAAAGCGCUCUCUACCAACAAAUUCGUCAAUUCUAACUCAGUACCUAGAUAAUUUCAUCGAGCCAGCUAAAUUUUGAGUAAAAUAGUAUGAAAAAAAGAAUUUCGAAUAAAAUUUAUGUAAUGUUAUUUUUCAGUGAAGGAAAAUGAAUUGUAAUAUAAAUUGAUCCAAAUCUUUAAAGAUUUGUGUCAAUGUUUAGUUAGGUAAUUUUUUAUAUAUAUAAUAUGAUUGUGAUGAGAAAAAUGGAUGGUAUUCUUGUACUCCUAUGUUUGAUGAUCAUCGAUUGUAAUACUAAUUGAAU